AUGGCGGAGGUUCACCCGGCAGGGCUUUCGAUGUGGGUGCCCUGCCUUGUCUUUGCGCACUUGUUUUCCGCCUACUGGCUCGCGAAGGCGCUGGCGCGUCUUGCACCUGAGCUAUGGAGCAAGCUGUUAGGUGCCCUGUUCUUCUGGAGAGCGGGCGCGGCUCCAAAGGUGGCGCUGCCGCGGCCAACCAGCGGCGAGCUGUGGCGGGAGAACCAACACGUCGGCCCCACGCUGCUGCUGGAGUGGGACGGCCUCGGCUGCGCGUACAAUACGCCGAGCGGGGUCAAGACGGUGCUGCAGGAUGUGAGCGGCGUCGCGCGGCCCUACGAGAUGUUUGCUCUCAUGGGCCCAAGUGGCGCGGGCAAGUCGACGCUCCUCGACAUCCUCGCGGCCCGCAAGUCGGUCGGGCGCUUGACCGGCUCGGUGUCGGUCAACGGCGUGGCGCGCGGCGCCAGCUUCGCGCGCCACGUGUCGUACGUGCCGCAGGAGGACACGUUCCUGCCGACGAUGACGGUGGGGGAGACGUGCGCGCUGCACGCGGCGCUGACGCUGCCGCGGGGGACGCCGCAGCAGCAGACGGCGCAGCGGAUCGACGAGGUGCUGGCGGCCAUGGGGAUGCUGCACGCGCGGGACACGCUGGUGGGCGGCGUGCUGCCUGGCGGGCUCUGCCUGCGCGGCCUCAGCGGCGGCGAGCGCAAGCGCGUGUCGAUCGCGGUGGGCAUCCUGGCGGCGCCGAGCAUCAUCUUCCUGGAUGAGCCGACCAGCGGCCUGGACAGCUGCUCGGCCCUUUCGGUGGUGGAGCACCUGCGCGAUCGCGCGCGCGACAGCGGCCUCACGAUCGUCGCUUCGAUCCACCAGCCGCGCGCGGCGGUCUGGGCGGCGUUCGACACGUGCUCGCUCCUGUCGGGCGGCAUGCUGCUGUACGCCGGCGGCUGCGACAGGAUAGUGGACUGGUUCGAGUCCAUAGGGAUGGGGCCGUGGCAGUCUGACGUGCACGGCACGGCGUGCGACUGGGUGAUGGACCUCGUCAAUGUCGGGUUCAUCAACAAGCCGCAGCUGGGCGGCGGCAACACCAUCAGCAGCCGCGAGGAGCUGGCGGAUGCAGCGGCCAAAUUCUCCGUCCACUAUAGGGCAACCUGCGGCCACGCUUCAGCCGAGAACGGCACCGGCGCGCUCAAAGCCGUAUCAGUGCACAGGCAGCUGCUGGCCGGCCUCCUGCCCGGCAAGGCGGUCGCCGCGCGGCCGGCGGCGCUGGUCGUGGCGGCGAACGGGUCGGUCCGGGAGGAGCGGGCGGGACUGCCGGAUGUGGUGAAGCACACUGUGGCGGUCGACGUGGAGAGCACAAGCCCCGUGUCCGGCAGCAGCGGGGGCAGGGCGGGGCCGGGACUGCCCGACAAGCGGCGGCGGCCGAGCUGGUGGACCACCUUCAGGGCGCUGGUGUGGCGGGAAAUGCUGGGCACUGUCCGCAACCCGGCCGACGUGGCCGGCCGCAUGCUGCUGUUUGCGUACAUGGGGGUGGUGUGCGGCCUGGUGUUCUGGCGGAUGGGCGACGGCGACGGCGUGGACGGCGUGCGCAACCGCAUCAACGUGCUGUUCAUCAUGGCGCUGCAGUUUUUGCUCAUGCCGUAUGUUUACAUGAGCCUGUAUGCUGCCGACAAGCGCCACUACACCGCUGACAUCAGCGCGCGGCUGUACAGCCCCUCCCCCUACUACGCUGCCAAGACUCUGGCGGUGCUGCCCUUCAUUCUCGCCAACGUGCUGGUCUGCAGCCUGAUCUGCUAUGGAAUGACCGGGCUGCGGCUGUCCACCUACUCUGUGGCCACCAACGGCGCGGCCAGCGUGCUGCUGUACCUCAUCGCGCAGCAGCUGCAAUCCGCGGCCUCCAUCAUCAUGCCCAACGAGGACGCCUCCUUCCUGCUCACCAUUGUGUGGAGCGCCUUCAACAUGUACUUUUCAAAUUUCAUUAUCCGUUUCGCCGACAUGCGCUUCCAGUGGCUGUCCGCCUUCCGCUACGCCAGCGCGGUCAACUUUGCUUACUCUGCCUACCUGAAGGCCGAGUUUGAGGCGGCGGUCUUCAGCUGCGCGUCGGGGCUGGCGCGGCCGGACAUGGUGGACGCUAUCAGGGGGCUGCUGCCCGCGACGCCGCAGCUGCACGGCCCCUUGUUCGCCAAGGCGCUGGCGUCACCCGGCGCUGGCUGCGUCAUGGAAAUGGACGCCAUCCUGCGGUACUUUGGGAUGACGUCACCGUCUUACGUGUACCUCCUGGGCCUGGUGGCAUACCUGCUGGUGGUGCACGCGGGCACGUACCUGGGGCUGCUGCUGCUGGCCCGCAAGGAGCGGCGAUGA